UCGGAGUAAUACUCCUGCUUUCAAAAAUUCCGGUAAUGGCGUCUGUCUAAAGCGGAUCAAAGUACUGGUGUAGGGAAGUGAAAGCAAACACAUUUGCUUUUGUGCCUUGAUGAGCCUGACCACUGUGAACAGUAGUGCGGACGUCAGUAUUUUCGUUUGAAGUCCUUGAUAAUGAUAUUUUAUUUUUUAUUUAUAUGUAAAUGUAAGUGUAAAAAGAAACUACACUCACUCUCUUGAUGAAAGCUCUCAGAACAUGGGGAAAGAUACUGUCUAGUGUUAGAGAUCACAAGUAAUUUAAAUAUUUGGAUAGAAAAAUGUAGUUUCUUGUCAUUGUCGCUUGUGCUGGGAGUUUUCGUUAUAUUGUUGACAGCUAUGGUACAGUUAAGUGAGACGUGAAGUGUAGUAUAUACGUAUUGUCAUCUUGAAAUUAUAGCUUUCUGUUAACUUUACAUGCUAAGGCAAACUUUGUAUCCUUCCCGGAGAUGUUGCUCAAGAUGGUGUGGGUGCAAGUGAGGCAUUCGUUCAGAGCGAGGAGGACGAGGGGGCGUCUGUGGCCCAGGCGGUGUGUACUCGGGGUGCUGGUACUGCUAUGUGCCCUCAGCAUGGUGCUCCUCGCGGGCACACCUUCCGCAGCAUCAAAGUCCUGUCUUGGGCACCGAACGCAGGCCCUGAGGAAGGAGGACGCGGGGCCCAGGAAGGAGGCCGCCAGGGAGCUGAAAGAUGUCAUUAUUGACCUCCAGCGGAACAAAGAGGUGAAGGAGCCGCCCAGGGCCGACGCACUGCUGGCAUUACAGAGGAUACUAGGCCUACUGGACCCUCGCUUUGCUCAGCAGGAGGCGCCGAGUGAGGAGGUUCAGAAGAACCUCCUAAGGGCUGAGACCGACGGAGGCAUGUGGAGCACCCUGCUGGAGGCGUGUCCUGAGCGGUACAGUGGCCCAUCGCACGACCGACCCCACCACUCCCAGGCCUUCACCUCAGAGUGCGACAACCAGGUUCCAGAGCGCGAGUUGAUCACCAUCACCGUGGACGCCACGGGUUUCUCCCCGUCGCUGCUGCAGCUCCUCCUCCAGGACAUCUCCAGGUACAAGUUUGUGCCCGUGGUGGUGGCAGUUUCAUCCGACAGAACAGGUUACGUAACGGAGGACUUUGGGCAGGUGAAGGUAGUGCGAGUCACCAGCAGCACCCCUCCCCCCGUCAGGUGGUCUCGCCUCCUCAGAAAUGUUACAACUAAGUAUGUCCUCGUGGGUCGGGACAUCAUCUCCUAUUCACCUUUCUCAGACCUUCAGAGGCUCUUAAGAGUAUUUCGCUUGACGCAUUACGUUGGUUUCGUCGGCGGCGCCACCAGGAGCGAGCAUGGAAACUGGAAGGUCGCGUGCUACCAGUCCCGCCUUCAACUGUUCAGCCUCACGGUGCGGGAGGGCUACAGCAGCUCCACCUCCGAGUGCAUGUACUGUGACGCGGUGGGCGGACCCUUCCUUGCCUUGUCAGCUUCCUUUAAGGACACGCCCAUAGACACAAAACUCCCAGCCGACGUCGUCUUCAUUGACUGGUUUAUGAGAAUGCACGACAGUGGCAGUUUGGGUCUUGCUUGUCCGGAUGUACUGUUCUUUACAAGCGAGGGCCAGCACCAGCCCUGGGAAAGCCGCCAGUCCUGGGCUGUCAUCGCCAAGAAGUGGGGCGUGACGGAUAUCCAUCUCCCUGGGCACACCGACCAUCACUUCACGUGUCACGCCGCCGGAAUGAACUGCUCCUCGCCAAGGCAGCAGCACCUGGCCGUCCCUCCGUGUUGUCUGGCUCGCCUCGGCUUCACCCUGAGCGAGGUGAUAAGGAUCCUUGAGGGUGCAUACAUCAAGGUUCACGUGGCUGAUGGCACAGUGCUCGAAGGGGUGAAGGGCGGCCUGCAGCCCUGGGUUGGUGACGUUCAUUUGGCCGUGAGGAACACAACACAGGACAUUAAUCAAACACUGACAGCCCUACAGAACAACGGCUUUAAGGUCAAAUUUGACUGGGCCUCGGGGGAGUACCAGAUCCAAGCCUUCUCACACAACAUAAUCAUACAUCGUCGAUCAGUGGAUUUGUGGUUUGAUCUCCCUCCAAGCCAAAGAGAAGUGUCAACAAGGUUACUUAUUGGAGGUUUCUGGCUCCCGGCACCUCCUAACCCAGGCCUCUACGCCCGAGGCCUGCUGGGACCUGGGAGUCUCUUUCACCAACCAUUAGGGCACACGUGGCCCUCAUGUUCCGUGCCAGGUCAUCAUGCCUGUUUAGAUCACCUCCCCCUCGACGGCACGGUCACUGGGCUAGGCUGAGGUUCCUUUACAUGCACAGAGAAUCACUGCGUCACAUUGCACCCGGAAAGUCGAUUCAUCAAGAGGUUUCAGAAAGAGUAAUCAGUUAGGGUAUUUUUUUUUAUAACAUUCAAAAGCUUUUAAGAAAUUCAUUUUUGAUUGUCAAGCGAGAUAUUGACGUGACGCCGCGUUCUGUAGCAGCGUCUCUUUGUCAUGUUUAUCAGAGCGGGCAGCCUUCCCGGACGGACAGCAUGGCCUCGGCUUAUCUUGAGUCAUCGACGCCAUCAGGGUGUGAUACUAAUCAACAAACUUAAGGAUCUUGUGAUAAAGCCGUGAUUCACGAUGUGUAUCGUGAGAACUAAGAAACACUGUGACCUUCCUGCCUCUCAAGGUUGUGUUUUUCGGAGCAGUACACGUCCACCCCCUGAGGACUGACUGUGAUCGUAACAAAGCACAUAUAAUUAUGAAGAACUUGGCUUGGAAGGAAAUCCAAUGAAAGCUUUUUGUUUUUCUCCGCAGUAUACAAAAUACUGUCAUGUAUAUAAAUUUCUUCGACUCAGUAUGUUGUAGUUGUCGUGAUGCUGCAGUUUUCUUGUUAAAGCAUUUUGCAGGCUUUCCAUCUUGCUCUUCUAAUUCCGUUGUUCGCUCUCACGCCAAUUAAGCACACCAUGUAUCGUCGCCUCGCAAGCUCCGGCUUCUCUUUGUUGGGGGUAGUAUCGUCAUAGGUAAGCUGAGGUGGCUACACUAUUUCACAGCGAAUCUCAGGCAUCGGGAGUCUUAGCCUAUUACCAUAGAUGACCUUAACUAUGUAUACCAUCAUAGCGUUUCUUAAUCUAGUGUGCUAUCAGUCUAGUGUCAAGACUGUUCUGAAGCAUAAUUUAAGGGGUGUUGGGAUGGGAUUAUAUCAAGUGCAUUGAAGUAUAUUAGUCAACUAGACUUGUGGCACGAUCAAUAUUUAGUCAAUAUAUUACAAAGUUUUGGUUUUUAUAUACUAUUGACUCGAGCUGUGUCUUAUUUAGUCAACUAUUUUGUGAACAGACUAAAUAACAGAUUUUUAUUUAUUUAUUUAUGGUGCAAAAAACUCAAUAAUCAAGGAACUGCCUUGUAUAGGCCAACCGGUCUCUUGCAGACUCCUUAUGUUCUUAUGUUUAUGUUAAAGUGGCAGAUGGUUAGCCUAAACUUGGCCACAAUCGACUGUACAGAUAAGAACAAGUAAUGUCGAUAUAAAUUCUGGUCGAGUAAACUUGGCAUAAGUGACAUCAGCAAACGCAAGUUUGUAAUAAACCAUUGGAGCUACACAAGAUGGCAUUCACAUUUUUUUCUUAAAUUUAGUUUUAAUACACACCAAACUAGAAUAUUUAGUGAAUAAAAACAUUCCAUCACAAACUGGUUGGAACAGGCUGUCCCUUCUCUGGCAUUUGGCAGGACGGGUAAGAACAGUUUUGCAAGGCGAAGGGAAGGGUGUGUGAGGGGGCCUUGGUACAGGAGGGAGGCGAGCGUCGCGGCUGCUGUUGAUAAGGCGUCGCCACCUGUUACCUGUAUAGCUCCACCGAUGACUGAUAGCAGACAAUGGGGAGCUUACCUGGUGUCGGCGUCAGGCCCGCCUCCCUCUACUCCUCCCCGCAUGCCCGUUGUGUGUCCUUCCUCACCUUCCUUUUCGUCCUCCUCCUCCUUUUCGUCGUCGUCGUCGUCGUCGUCGUCGCCGUCGUCGUCGACCUCCUCCUCCUCCUCCUCCUCGUCAUCUCCUCUUUUGUCCACCUCGGCACGGAUGCCUAGAUUGCAGAAACUCAUCUAUCAAACAGGCCGCGGAAUAGUAUCGUUACUCUGUAUUCGAAUCAUUCUUUGAGUUUUAGUAAUUUUGAUCACUGAGUUGACUCUACAGUGAAGGUUGCGAUUUGUUACUCGAAACUAACAGUAUAUAUAAAUAAUUCUCAAAUGUCAGUCAUAUUAUCAUUUAAGUUUAAAUUUAGUGUAAUUGUAGCCAUCUAAUGAAUUUUGUAUUUUUAGAUCUUUAUUAAAUUUGUUAGUGUAUUUUCUGUAUAUGUGUGUGUGUCUGUGUGUGUGUGUGUGUGUGUGUGUAAACUGUUGUAAUACAAUAGUAUUGUAUUCAUGGUAGUAGCAUUUCAGGUUCCAGUUCGGUAGGGAUGUAACAUUAUUACUAAAUAUUUCGUAACAGGCAGGUCGUGGCGCAGACUUCGUACCGGUCCGCACGGGCUCUUAGCGGACAGAAAUUUUACAAGCGUGUAGCCGUGCAUGUGUGUGUGUGUGUGUGUGUGUGUGUGUGUGUGUGUGUGUGUGUGCUGCUCAGGGGCAAGGGGACGUGUUCAGGGACAGGUGGACAUUAUCAUCUGGACAGCUAUUGUUAUCGACCUUCCGUCACAGCCUCUUCGCUCUUCCACACUAUCUCUCGCCUUAUCGCCGUGAGGACGUGCCUACGAGGACGACACCCCUCUUCGCUCUCCCCCUUAUUUUUUAUACUUCUUAUCAGCGGUUAAGUAAGGAAAAACAAAAGUGAAUCAAUCGGAAAGGCACAGUGGUGGAAAUAGGAAAGCUGUAGUAAUGUGCAGUUCUAUGGUGAAAGCUUAAUGUCCCUUGCCUCUCCCUCUCUGCUUCUGGCAAUGCUUCAUCCUUUUCCUUUUCUCUCACACACCUCCAACACUCGACACAUGAAGCGUGAUCUUGCAAACAUCGACCCUCAUCAGUUGACAAUGUUGAAACUUAGGUGAUUCCGCAUCAUGUUAGCUACUUGUCCUUCUUGCGUGACCUCAACACCAACUAGACUAGAAUGAGGUAAGAUGUAUUAUAGGUAGAGGAGAAAAAGCUCAAGGACAUGAAAUACAGUAAAAUUAUGCAUGGUUCAGUACGCUGGUUUCUAUGUGUUGUCCUCACUUGUUUAUAUUUCUCUUAUCGCAAAUGGGGAGAAUGUACUCGUGGGGGACACAAGGCGUUCAUGACAUUGAAAGUCUACUAUCUAUCUGCUUCCUUUUUUUUAUCAACUGCUAUUCUCGUCGCGGCCACGCAGGUAAACUUUGGAACUUUCUGCCCCGCGACGUGUCUCCCCUGUUGAUUCGCUCCCUUCCCCACCCCCUCCUCCUCAUCAGCAACACAGUGUUCAUCCUUUAUUUACGGCAACACAUGAUGCAACCACGCACGCACGAAUGAUAGGAAGUGACUGAAUUUUCGGAAGCCUCAAGCUGUUUACUCAUUUCCUUUUUCCUUUCCUUCCUUCCCUCCUUCUUUUCCUAUUCUAUCCUCUGUCUUUUGUCACCAUCGUUGUUAUAGUUUUAGCCUUCUUCGUUGUCGUUAUUGUUAUUGUUAUUCCUGUUGUUGUUGAUGUAAAUUUAUUUAUGGUGCUUUGUUUGAGAGGAAAUAAUUGAAAGAAAGGGAAGUAGAGAGUGAUGAGUAUGAUUUACCUUCAACAUUUAAAAAAAGUUGACAGUGGAAAAUGAUGAAAACCUGUAAUGAAUUAUCGUGAUGUAAGUAAGUUUCACCUGCUGCAGGUUAUGUUGACAAAUCAGUCAGUGCAACUCACGCAGUUAAGUUAAGCAAACAAAGGAGUCUCUCUGUCCGUCUUACGUCAACCUA